AUGUCCUACUCGUACACGGUGACGGAGCGCAAACGGAAGACGACCACUUCUGGAGGGUACGGAUACUCGGGCAGCAGGUCGACAUUUGGGUAUUGGGUUCCUCUUGUACUCACUGUGACAGCAGCGACCAUUGGCGUUGCUGCCUGGGUCUGGGGCGAGAGAAAAGAUGAUGAGGAAUCGAGCGAAGAUGAACAAUAUCAGGGAGGGCCGCCUCCUCCUGGCUAUGCAUCGAUGAGCGGUGCUCUACCAACCGGACCACCGAUGGCGGCUGGUUUUCAAGGAGGACCUCCUCCUCCAGGUGGCGCUCCCAUGCCAAUGACACCUGGUCCACAACAGCCUGGAGGAUUCGGGCCCCCUCCUGAUGGUUUCCAAGGGCCUCCGCCACCAGGCGAGUUUCAAGGACCUCCUCCUGGAGGCUUUCAAGGCGGCCCACCGCCUCCAGGAUGGCGUGGGACGGAAGAAGGAUACCGCAAUCUCUCAACUACGGUGGACGACCAGCAAGAGACCGGUCUCGUCGCCCGCAUGUCCAGUGCGCUGGGCUUCGGCCGAUCAACUACGCCGUUAGGCGAUCGAACGCGAAGCCAGGGUCAAUCUCAAUCAUAUGACUGGGCCAACAAGCCAUUCGCUUCCGCGACAGCCGCGGCGGGCGCGAUGGUAGGUGCUGCUAUAAGCACACUGAGUGGUGGAGGUGGCGAAGGUUACGAGGAUCAUGAACGAUGGAGCGAGGAGGCCGAGCAGCGAGACAAUGACCGGCAGAUCAAACAAGGCAUCCAAAGGCGCGGAACAGCCGACGAGUUCUUUUCCGGAAGUAUUGAGCUCCCCAAGUCAGUAUCUAUUGCCAACCGGAAAAGGAAGACAGUGGCUGUAGUAGUAUCAGCCGUUGCAUUGGAAACGGGUACCGAGUCCGAUGUUGAACAGCUCGCGUCAAUCCUUUCACAUCUCCCGGAAUACAUCGAUCCCGACACAACGCGGAUUUUCGUCUUGAUCUACGCACCAGAGCUAAAAGUACACCCACUCAGCCACGCCGCAACAAGGCCUUCGCAGUCUAUGACAUCUUCAUUCUCGAACAUUAGCCACGCAGAUGCACAAACUCCCGCACAAACGCCAGGGGAGUUCCCGAGUGAUGGCAUACUGACCCAAGUCGAUCCGAACCCGAUGGACGAAGCAACCUCUCUCUUCAAGAUCCUCUAUAAUCAGGCUGUUGGCAUUGUUGACAGAGACACUAUGGUGUUGCCUUACACCUCGCAUAACGGCCACAAACAUAUCCUCCGCAGCCUUUCACCAGAGGUUGUGUAUAUCCAAGAGUCCCUCUGCGGUCGUGAUGGCGAAAUUGUCUCAGAUCUAUCUGGCUGGGUAAAGCAGACUGUCAUUGUGAUUGGUGACGAAGGUGGCCAUGGUGGAUUGAUUGAUACGGAUGACGAAUCUGUAACGAACAAGGCAACAGAAAAAUGGUGGCAGAAAGAAGAGCGGACAGGGCUCGGGAAGAGGGUUGCUGUGGUGGAGAGUCUGAAAAUUGGCGAGGAUUGGGACAGACGAAUCAAUGAGAAAGAUUGA